AUGGAGCCGCCCCAAGAGACAAGUAGGCCUGCCAACACAACUGAGAACCGCGGCGGGCGGGCCCAUUCCCUGUAUGCCGUACCUGUACUUGGGAGAAGUCCCUAUGGCAACCCAGACAACGCGAAAGGGUCAGAAAUUUCUUCCAUCCAAACAACCCAGGACCGUGGUAGGACACCCAAGGACAAGGGCCAAGAGGGCACUGGAAACCGGCUGCUGAACAUGCUGAGAAAAACUCUUAAAGGGGCUGUUACUGAAGAAGUGGUAACAGCACCUGAGACACCAACUUUAGUACCAUUUGGAGAUGUGGUUGGCUGCCUGGCUAUUCAUAUAAGGAAUUGCAGACAUUUUACGACUAAGAUCAAUUUUCGGCGUUACACUGAUUUAUUCAUUCGCAUUUCAAUAAACAAAGUUGUGAAAAGUACAAAAAUUUGUAGCUUGCUAGCCACAAACAAUGCAAAGAAUGUUGCAAUUAAGUUUGAUGAAGUGAAGUAUUUUUCUGUACAGGUUCCCAGACGUCAUGAUGAUGAGCGGAAUAAUAUUUACCUGGAACUAAUGCACUACGACAAUAUAAAAAAUUGUCCUCUCUUGUUAGGGAGUGUUCAGAUACAUCUUUAUGAAGUAAUUCAGAAGUACAAAUUUAUUGAGAAACUCUUUCGCUACAAUAGAGAUGUGUUUAUUUGCAGGUUGGAGGUGGAAUGUAUGUUCUCCUAUGGAAACUUUGGUUAUGGAUUUUCACAUCAGUUAAAACCUUUUCAGAAAACUACUGAGCCAUCCAUGUUUGUGAAUACUACACCACCUCCAGAAAGAACAGAUCCUGUGACAAAGGUUAUUAUGCCACAGCCAGUAGAAUAUCCAGCAUUCUUAUCCCCAGACCUGAAUGUUACUGUUGGGACUCAAACUGAGCACCCCUCCAAUCAGCCAUCUGUAGUAAAACUUGAAAAACUUCAACAACCACCUCGGGAAAGGGAAACUAAUGUGAAUGAGGUACUUGAAAGCUCAAAUUAUAAUAAAUCUGAAGAGAAGCUUAAAAAUAUUGAAACAGAAGAUGCCCCUCUUAUAAAGGAGAUAGCUGAAACUACUCCAAAUGAGUUACCGGAUAAGGACAAUAAGAAAGGCCUGACCAUACCAACUUUGAGCCUAUUAGAACAAGAUAAUUCAGCUACUGUUUCUCCUAAAAGUGAUGAAUCAACGCCUUCACCCACAGAUAUUCCAUUGACCAUUAUUCCUAGAGUGGAAAUCACAGAAGAGGACAAUAUACCACCUUUAUAUCCAUGCCCAUCAGAAGUUCUGCCAGCGAGAAAAAUGAAAAAUUUAUUAUAUCCACGAGGCGUAAAAUUGAAAGCUAGAUAUCCAAGCAUUUCAAAAACAGAAUCAUCUCCAUCAGAGGUAAAAUUUAGCAAAUAAAAAUACAGGAAACCCAGUUACCUUGAGGCUUACAUAAAAUUGAAGCCAAACUUUCAGUUUCAGAAAUUCAACAAGGACAGUUUUGAUCCUAUUCUAAGGAAGAAAAACAAAAAAAUGUCAGUCAGAAAAAGGAAAGACCAAGAUAUAUACAAAUGUAGAAACAUUUUAAGUGCAGAGGUUAUAGAACAUGAAGACCAAGAUCCUCCUUAUCCAGCGUGUUCAAAAACUGCAGUACCUACUAGUAAAACCUGGACCUGUGAUCCUAAUAGCUUCACAACAAGAAAAGCUUUAGACACGAAGAAUAAGUUAGCCCAUGAUCCUCCUAUCAUCACAAUAAAGCCUGUAGGUUCUAAGAAUAAAUUAAAAGAAAACCUACCACAUGGAUCUUUACCAUGCUUCAAAAGAGACUCAUCAGUGACUGGAAAUGCAAAUACAUGGUGCCUUUCAAAGUCAUUAAGUCUUACCUCCCAUAUAGAAAGUCUAAAACAAUCAAUGAUACUCAAGUCAAUUUUAAGUAAAAAUCUGCAAGACCUUUCAGACAAAUUAUUUUCUAAACCAGAAGUCGGAAUAAACACUGAAGCAAGAAAGAAAAGUAGUUCUCCACUUUUAAGCAUUCGUGAUAAACCAUCAAGUAGUAUGGAAGAUAAAGUAUUUGAAAAAAUUCAAGAUUUAAACAGCUGGUUUUCAGAAAAAGAUAUUUUAAAUUCAAAGGCUCUUUUAAGUCAAAUAAUUAAAAAUAUUCCUGCAGAUUUACUUUCAGAAGGUGGAUCAGGAAAAUCUCUAGCAGUAAAAGAACGUGUCUCUGAAAAACACUUAGAGGCUGAUAAGAUAGAUUUUCCAAUGAAAAAAAAGAGUAGUUGCAAAAAGAAACAUUUAAUAAGUGAAGUAUCUAGCCCCAAAUCAGAUUUAAGUGGCAAUGUAUAUGACUAUGCUAUAAAACAAAUAUUCACUGCACCAAACUUCUCAAAAUUGGAGAUAAGAAUGAAAGAGCCAGGAGAAAUACAGAUGAACUUGCAGGAUCAAUUACUCACAUCUUGGGAGAGAAGUUUAUCUUCACGUAUUCUAGUUCCCUAUGAAAACGACGAUGAUGAAAUAGAAUUGCCACAGCCGAAAUCUGUUGUAAGCCAGAUAAUACAAGCAUUUCCUCUAGACACUCUUUUAGAAUCUGGGAUAAUCAAAGUGAUAGAAUUAGAUAAAGAACACCAAGGGAGCUCUAUGCUGAGUACAGAGAUAGCCUUUCCUGAAGAAAAGCCAAAGGAUUCUACAAAGGAUUAUUCAGAAAUCAAAAGCAAAAUAGAACUUCUUUCAGAGCAGAAUAUACCCAUCAUUUCCAAAGCUAACAUUUCUUCCGUUAGUAGAGUUAAAUUUAUAGAGGAAAGCCAAAAUAUGCUCUCACAAGAUUCAAGAUAUCAUUCAACAUCAGAUAAAGAAACAGAUUUGCCAAGUCAUAGUCAGCGGCUUGAUAGAGAAGAAAAUGAUCUAAAUUCUAGUUUAGAAAAUUUAGCUAAAUCAUUAAUGGGUAAACUUAGUGAGUCAGAUGAAAUAAUGUUAAAAUCCUUUUUUAAAAAUAUCUUUAAUGCUUUUUUCAAAUAUUUCAUAGAAGUACAACCUUCUUCCAACAAAAAUAUCCAGGCAAUUCCAUUAAAUAAAUCAUCAGAAAGACUUACAGAUACAUUGCUUAAGAAACAAAGGAAAGAACAUGGUUUCAUGCAUCUUCCUCAAGCAGAAAAUUCUAUUAGUAAAACAGAGUUUCAAGACCCAUAUAAGUGGGGUAGUAAAUCAAAAACAACUCAAUCAAAAGCUAACUUUGAAAGGACACUGAAAAUGACACCACUUGAAAAAAAGGAUCAUAUUAACAUCUGUAAGUUGACUGGUUGGGAAAAACCUGAAGCAGUAUUGUCAUCGUAUCCAGGAAUUCCUAAUUGCAAAAUGCCAAGGGAAGAUGAAGAAUACUUAAACAAACUCACUUUCCCUUCUUGGCAGACUAACACUUUAACUCAUUUCAGUUCAGAGCCUGGGGAGAAAUCAAAACUAGAAGACCAGUAUUGUCAGAGAUGGAAAGGAAAUAACAACAAUAAUAAAAAACAUUUAGUAACAUUUGCACAAUACAAAAAAGAAAUACAAAUUCAUGAUAUAAAUGCAAAUGAAAUUUACAAUGAAAAAUAUGCCAAGUUCCCUGAAUCACAGUUGUUCAAAUAUAAAGUUGUAGAAGAUGAGAAAAAUUCAAAACCAUCCCUCCUCCCAGAAAUAUUGAAGAGAGAAAAUCUGAAACCCAAGGUCAGAAGAGAAAGAGAUUAUGUUGCCAAACCCAAAAAGUCAUUUAACAAGAUAGUUAGGAUACUGCCAACCACACUGCCUGCGACAAGAAUUCACCUAAGGAAAUCUGUUCCAAAGACAUUGCUUCACUGGACUGCAAGAAAAACUAUACAUGAUUGUUCGGAUAAAUUCGAGGAUUUAAGUGUGACUUCAUUUAAUCAUCUUAAAAAAGUAAAAUCAAGAGCAAGGCUUUUAGGAAAGAGCCCAGAUGACUGCCAUAAUCAUACAAAACGCUCUGCAAGACCAUAUACUGCACCGGAGAUUAACAAACGACAAGAAAACUACACUGGAAAAUUUUCGAGUCCUCGAAUGGUUUCAGCAGGCUUAGUUCAUAUAUGUGAUAAAACUCCAGAUUAUGAAAUGCGUAAAAUGCAGCCAAAAAAAAGAUUAAAACAGGAUAUUGAAAAAUGUUCGCUCAUUUAUGAUAUUAUCCAAAUGUUAAACAGGUCAGACUGA